GCCGCUCUGUCCGCCUCCACUCGCUCUCUUGUCCCUUUCCAAGAUGUCGGUGUACGGCCCCGUUGUUAAAAUCCACCCGGUUGUCCUCGCUUCAAUCGCCGACUCUUACGAGAGGAGGAACGAAGGGGCGCUGAGGGUCAUCGGUACUUUACUGGGCACCGUCGAGAAACACACAGUGGAAGUGACCAAUUGCUUCUCCGUCCCACACAACGAGUCUGAAGAUGAGGUGGCUGUUGAUAUGGAGUUUGCAAAAAACAUGUAUGAACUGCACAAGAAGGUGUCUCCCAGCGAAGUCAUUGUGGGCUGGUACGCAACAGGAUUUGACAUCACGGAGCACUCGGUUCUGAUUCAUGAGUACUACAGCCGUGAAGCCCAGAACCCCAUUCACCUGACCGUGGACACAGCCCUGCAGAGCAGUAGAAUGAACAUUCGCGCUUACGUCAGCGCCCAGAUGGGUGUACCGAGCAAGACUGUGGGUGUGAUGUUCAGCCCCCUGACCGUGAAAUACGCUUACUUUGAUACAGAACGUAUAGGGGUUGACCUUCUCCAGCGCACUCGGACUAGCCCCUCUCGCUCCAAAGGGUUGACCACUGACCUGGAGCAGGUAGGGUCAGCUGCUGCCCGGAUCCAGGACAUGCUGACCACUGUACUGAGCUACACUGAAGACGUGCUGUCUGGUAAGGUCACUCCUGACAACACAGUGGGUCGUUUCCUGAUGGAUUUGGUCAAUAAGGUUCCCAAAAUAACAGCUGAAGACUUUGAAAGCAUGCUGAACAGCAACAUCAAUGACUUGCUGAUGGUGACGUACCUGGCCAAUCUGACUCGGGCUCAAAUCGCACUCAACGAAAAACUGAUCUGUCUGUGAACACAUCGCCUUCCCAGAUUUCACCUGAAGGUUUUGACAAUAAAAAUAAAAUGUAUAUUGAUCUGA